AUGAAUUUUGGUUACAUCACCAACUACCUAUCGUCAUCUGUAGCGAGAACCGGUCAAGAGGCGCAUGCUCCACAGUUUGAACAGAAUGGUGAGAUAAGUGACUGGGGUAUAGAUGAGACUCCAGUCCAUUCCUCUAGGAGUACUUCAAUCAGUCUUAAGCACCCAGCUCAACCUUCAUACUCCACAUAUUCGCAUUUACAUUCACAUGCAACCUCCAAUCCUGCAUACACUAAUACCAAUUAUCAAUACUCUACCAAUGGUUCCGUCCACAACGACACCACCAAUUUCCUUCGCCACACAACAACCAAUGAAGAGAUCUCUCUGUACAUUAAGAAGUAUCUUUCAUUAAAUAAUUGCGUGAAAGAAUUUUGGGAAAAAUUCAAGUAUGACUUAAUUGUUUCGAGUCUUUUAGACGAAUCAAUGAUCUUAUCCAAGAAUGAACAAGCGAUAAAAGAUAUGUCUGGUAAAGAGGGAAAUAUUUUGUUGCAUAGAUCCCGAGAAUAUGCAAAAAUGUUGAAUGACGAUGGUACAAGACUAAAAAUUUACCAGCGGAAUUAUAACUUAAGAUUUCCGUCUGUAAUUUCAGCUGGUGGCAUUCUUCAAUGUAUACACAUGAUAAUAUACUCACUUAAAUCAAAGUUAAAUGGACCUGGAUAUAGUGAGAUAAGUAUAUUGGCAAUUUUCAAGAUUUUGCUUAUAAUUUCAACCAAAAUAGUCCAAAGAAGACGAAUUUUGACAUUCAUUACGGUGUCAAAAGUUACCAUGAAGCUUCAGCAACUUCUAUUGAACAACUAUAAAGUGAACAAGUCCUUUAUGGUUAGCUUACUUCGAAUUAAGGAAGAGGAAAUCUUUAAUUUCAUGAACAAACCUUUAGGGGACACAAAAAAUGGUACCAAAAAUAAUAUCACUAGUAAAAACUCAUCAUUGUUGGAUCAUGCCAUAAGCAUCCUUAUAAUACAUCUUACAAAAUGCAUAAAGACUCUUUUACCAUAUAUGAACGGCCCCGCUUUCGAAAAAUAUUGUCUGGUUAAUAAUGUGAAUUGGAAUUUUGUGCUGGAAUCUGAAUAUAAUAAAGAAGUACUCGAUGAGAGUCUAAAUUUAACUGUGCAAUCACUUAGUCGAAAACUUGCAAGAUUCAACCAGAUUAGGAAAGUUUUUUUAUGCCAACUAUUAACCUUCGAUGAAAUACCAGAUAAAAACUUCUUUCUUUGUAAACUCUGGGAUGAUUUCGAAGUACAGGAAGGAAAUAUUGAACAGAGGAAAUAUGAGGGUACUUCUGAGCUUUCCAAGUUAGCUAUAUUGCAUUCAGUUAUGGAUGAACAAAAUAAGAUUAUACUGUCCAUCGAAGGAAUUUUCGAAAGAACUAAAUUCGAGGCUCAAGAAGACCAAGACGUAUUGGCCAGCACGGCAAUGACCCAACAACAUCAACUUGCACCUUCUCACUUUGAUAGUGACGAUACAAAUGAAGGUGACAUAAAUAAUAGACAUAUAAAUCAGUUAAUUGAUAAAUUGACGACUCUCACUACCAAUCUUAAAUUUUUUGAGAAAUAUAAUAAAUCCACAUCGAACAUGACUGAUGUUGAUGAGUUGAACGAGAAAAUAUUUAUUUUUAACCAAUUUGGCAAUGAUUUAAACAAUCUUAAAGAAUUGCACCAAGUUUAUCUCAAUGAAAUCAGCUCUAGAGUUAGUCGCAGGUCGCAAAACUCUACACCCAGCUCUUCAAAUAGAAAUUCGAGAGAAGGAGGUGAUAUUGAAGGAGGCUUUAGCUUGAAAUCAUUCCAUACUUCCUCAUCAAUCAAGAAGCGGUUUUCAUUACCUGUUCAACCUUCAGGAUCUGUUACAACCCCAAAGAGUAGCCCAAUUGUGUCAAAUAGCUCACCUUCGUCUGCAUCAGGAGGUAGAAAUGCUGUAGGUGACAAGAAAUAUAAAAGACUAUCCGCUGGCUUGCCUGUUGGCUUAUUGACUGUAUUUGAAGAACCAAAUAGCAGUAGUAAUAGAAGAGUCAACAGCUCAAAUCAACAUAAUGCUCUUAUGUCACCAAGAGCUUUAUCUGGAAGUGGAGACUCUAGAUCAAUAUCACUUGAUGACAAUUACAUUAACAUUCUCCCCCCUACGUCGUAUUAUAAUGAGACAUAUAACCAUGCAGCAUUGGAAGCACUAUCCCGAAAACAACAAACCAAUAGCACUAAAAUAGUGCCAGGAAAUCGGUAUUCGUUAAACUCCAUGAAUUCAAAUGUGAGCGGAAUAUCUGAUAUGCUAGCAUCUACUAACCAAACUUCUGAACAAGAAGAUCCCACGUCCCCCUCUUUUUCUAAAGAGGAUCUAAAAUUGAAGCUAGAGGAAAGCUUUAACCGUAUAUACAGUUUGGAGAGUGAAAACUCUAAAUUGAAACAACAACUACCGCUAGAGGGAAAUGAAGAUUUUACUGUAAAGGAUUUUUCCACUGUUAGUGAUGCUGAAAAAUCGGGAUUCUUGAGCCAAUUGGAAACAAAGUUGCAGUUGAGAACUGAUUCAAAUGUUCACGACCAAACGAUCGAGGAGGAAGACUAA